CAAGAAAACAACGUCGCGGGUUCGACCUGCGGGCAGCUGCUUCUGUUCUUUGAAAAAUAAGAAAAGAUGAUGGAAAGACGACUAUUGCGGUUGUGUCUUGUGGGGCAAGAAUUUCCUUGCGAGUAUAUUUGACAAUUUUGGGAAUCCUGACAUCGUUGGAUUUUGGCAGUUCCUCUCUUACUGAUUAUCUGAAGGCGGCGCUGAGUCAGGAUGGGUUUAAAACUGUCCAAAAAGAAAAAUAUUUCUCAUCAGAGGAGCAGAACUCCCUCUCAAGACUCCAGAAGCAGUUUGACAUAUGAGGAGGAGAAGUGCUACGACCCAUCCGACUCUACACUUACAUUUGUGGAUGGAGAUGAUGAGUUGGACUUCUUGUAUGAGGACUUCAAGUCUCUGAGAGCGCUGAUGUCUUGCGGCCAUGCCGUCACUCCCAUGUCUCUCACCAACUGGUGUCUUAGCUUAUUGAAUCAGGGCGAGAGCAGGUUUGUGUGCGGCCAAACUGAAUGUCAUGCUGAGUGGUCCUUUGAGGAGGUUUGUAAAAUGGCUCUUCUAACCCCGGAAGAAAUCGAGUACUUUGAAAAGAAAAUGUUCAGCAACUCUAAGGAUGUUUUUGAUGUUAAAUCAUGUCCUGGCUGCAAGUCUUCAGUGCUGAGAACUGACUUCAGUAAUCUGUGUACUGAAUGUACAGUGUGCACAGCUGAUCUAAAUCGGACCUUUACGUUCUGUUGGCAGUGUUUGAGGGAAUGGAAAGGUCCGUCCCCACGUUCAAACCGAUGUGAAAAUCAUGGCUGCAACAAUAAGUCCUUAGAAACUCUGAGAAAAUGUCCAGAUAUUACCUUCCAGAAUGUGGAGGGCAUCACUGGCUGUCCCUCUAUCCGUGCCUGUCCCACAUGUGGCUUCCUAGUGGAACAUAACACAACUGGGUGUAAAAACAUCUUCUGUACACGUUGUAAGCUGCAGUUCUGCUUUGUUUGCCUCAAAAUGAAAGAGGAAUGUUUGGAGACGAGUGAAUAUUACAAACCUUGUUCCAGUGGUGUAGCACCUAGACAGACUUCUAUACCAGUGUGUCAGUGGGAUGAUUACUAG